AUUUAUCUAAUCUAUCAAUGAUAGCCUUAAUACUCCCUCAUAAAUAUUAAAAAAUCAGUAAAAUACUACUGAUUAAUAAUAUUGUAUUAGGUUCCUAUUCAGUGUAUGCUUAACCAUAAAACCAAAUAAAAUAUUACUUACAUUAAAUGAAAGAAAAAAAUAUUCUAUACAAUUCACCACUUUUUUCUUGGAAUUCAGAUUGUUUAUUUUCAUAUCCAGCACGAUAACAUUUUAAGAACAUGCGUUCCGGAGCAAUCCGUUCGGUCGUCGUCGGUUCGCUGCUGUGGUCGAUCGGCUGCUUGUCGACGAUCGCUGGUCACCGGAUCUUGGCGUGCGAGCCCAGCCCCGGAUACAGCCAUUGGACGGUCAUGUCAGCCGUGCUGGAGAGCUUGUUGGCCGCCGGGCACGAGGUGGUGUGCACGGCCGUGCAUCCGGCCACCGACCGGUUGGCCGCGCAUCCCAACUACACGCACGUGGACAUGUCGUCGUCGCUGGCCGGCGGACUACUGCAAACGGCCAGGGACGUGAAAUACGCGCACGUGAUGAGAAUCUUCCGGUCGAACGCGUUCAUGGUGGGACAGGCCACCGCCCGGGCGCAGCGAGUGUGCGAGUACAUUUCCGACAUGCCGGAAAUGCAGGGCAUACUGAACGGCGGCGGCGCGAGCGAGUUCGACGCCGUCGUCAUGGAGUCGCUGCACUCGGAGUGCAUGUCCGCGCUGCCGGACAGGCUGGGCUUGCCGGCCGUCUACGUGGUCCCGUCCCCGACCGUCAACUGGAUGCCGGUGGCCACGGGCGCCCCCGACCACCCGUCGUACCUGGGCGCCCUGCUCGCCGACCGGCCGACACCCGCGACGUUCGGCCACCGGCUGGCCAACGCACUGGUGUACGCUCACACCGCACUAGUGCGGUGGUACAACGACGCGGGCCGCGACCGCCGGUGGCCGGAGCACCGGCACACCAUGUUGUUCGUCAACACUCACCACUCGAUAGAACCGGCCCGGCCGAUCGGACCCAACGUCCUGGAAAUUGGCGGCAUACACCUGAACCGGCCGCUCGAACCGCUUCCCGGAGAUUUAUCAGAUGUGCUGGACAAGAGCAAUGAAUUUGGCGUAAUAGUAUUUACUUUUGGUUCUUUGGUGGCUAUGGAUACACUACCCGCUAAUGUAUUAAAAGCGUUUAAAAUCGUGUUUAGCCAACUUCCCCAAACGAUUAUUUGGAAGUACGAGAACGAUCACAUGCCCGAUAAGCCAGAAAAUGUGAUGUUGUAUAAAUGGUUACCGCAACGUGCUAUAUUACAACAUCCAAAUGUAAAAUUGUUCAUAAGUCAUGGUGGAAUGAGUGGAAUAUAUGAAACUGUAAGCGCGGGAGUUCCAGUACUUGGCAUGCCGUUAUUUUACGAUCAGCCGAGAAACAUUCAAAACCUAGUGGACCUCGGUAUGGCUUUGUCUAUGGAAAUCAAUAACUUGACUCGAACAACACUAUAUGAAGCCAUAAACCGAUUAAUCAAAGAUCAAAGUUUUUCGGAAAACGCCAAACGGGUGUCGUCCCUGUUCCGAGACCGCCCCAUGACGCCCUCCGAAUCCGUCGUCUACUGGGUCGAGUAUUUGAUUCGACACGGUACUGAAGCCAACAUCCGGCCUUUGUCGGCCGACUCGUCGUGGACUAGCCACUUCAUGUUGGACAUAUGUGUUGCACUGACAACGGCGUUGCUGAUACUAUGGUUCCUGAAGCGCGCCAUCGCGCACGCGGUGUUCAACAAAUCCAUUCCGUCCGCCGUGAAAUGAUGAACAAAUCGAUAUGAUUUCAGAGUUCACAAUAAAUACGAAUGUAUUAAAUAAUUUCAAUUCCAUACCAAUCAAAAUUUUUAGUACCCACGUCUGAUAGUUGCGGGGAUGGUCGAUAGUUAUUGUUAAAGUGAACACGUGUUAUAAAUUAUGUAUUGAUGAUAUAAGUUAUUUACGAAUAGGUAAUAUAUUAUUACCUACAUACUAAUAAAUAAAAAUGUAAUAUAAUUAGAAUAUUAAAUAAUGAAUCUCACUAAUGAGAUAGCUAUCUCUAAAUAAAUAUUAAUUUUGUAUUGAAGUUAAUUUGACGAAUUGUUGUGUUUAAAUAAAUAUCAUAUCUAACGUGUAAAUUAUGAUGUAAGGUCAAUUAAUUACAAUAUUAAAACAUAUCUUAUUCUGUGAA